UGCUUCUUUAUGUAUAGUAAUAGUAAUAGUAAUAGUAAUAGUAAUAGUAAUAGUAAUAGUAAUAGUAAUAGUAAUAGUAAUAGUAAUAGUAAUAGUAAUAGUAAUAGUAAUAGUAAUAGUAAUAGUAAUAGUAGUAGUAAUAGUAAUAGUAUGUAGAAGUAUGCUUCUUUCACUUUGUAUAGUCAUGUACAUACAGUACCGUAUUUAUAAAAAUAUUUAGCAUGUAUUUUGCAUCAUGUUGUCUGGACAGUGGCUGGUAACCUUUUGGGCUUGGCUUUGAAUUUAUUGUGAUACCAGCCUGUACGUUAUUUCUGAAUUCCGCUUGAAUGCAUUCCUUGCUGUCAUGCUUUGAGGCGCAAGUAGUUUUUGAAGUACAAAUAUUUUGAAUUUGCGAAAUAUACGAGUAUUACUUCGGUAUCACAAUUUCCACUGCAUAAAAGGUAGUUUAGUGCAAUUUUUAUUAUAUUUGCCAUUGUACGAUCAACACUUCAAAACUGAAAACAUGUAGCGAUUGUUCAUCAGGUGCAAGUUGAGCAUUGCAAACUUCUGCUGCGUGGAAGUCCUUAUGUACCUGAAAUGUCGGUGAAAAGCAUAAUCGUUUUCACCGACAUUGUCUGAACCGUACUUAAAACUUACCGACUUAUACAUUUUGCAGUACUGGAAAAUUCAAAAUGUUCAACAGGUUCAGACUAAAGACACUGUAGAACAAAAUAUCAAUGUAUAAGAGCAGUAAGUUAUUUGAAUCAAUGAAACUCUACGACCGAUCGUGAUGUCCGAUACGAUGCGUAAGCAGAUUGUAAUUAGGAAAACGUUAGACAGAAAUGCCGAAAUUGCAUUUCUCGGAAAGUGUCACUCUGUCGAAGCAAUAUGUAUAAGCGAAACCGUAACGUUGUUUGUCUCCUACCGAUGUCAACUGGCGCUACAAAUAUAUAAAGCUCUGAAAACCUUUAGAUUUCCGUACUAUGUAUAUUACUGUAAUUGACUGCUUGAGGUAAGGGUUUGUAAUUUCUUUACAAUGGCGCGGUUGUUGUUCUUCAUCGGCAUAUUUUUCGCGGCGACUGCACUGGCAAGUGCAGGUGACAAGGACAAAGCCAAACCAUCUAAGCCAUCCUCCGACGAUGACAAGCCUGCACAGCAACGCGGCUUGCUCGGCAGUGCCAUCGGUGGCAUGGUCAGCCUGGGUGGACAGGUCAUCGGAACCGCUGGGCAGGUGAUCGGAGCCGGCGUCCAACACAUUGGUCAGCAUGUGGACAAUGUCGUCGGAGGCGUGGCUGCGCUUGCUGAAGUCGCUCUCGGCAAGAAGCCACAAUACGACGCCCUGCCUGACAAUUUCGAGUCACUGACCGCCGCUAAGAAGCUGGACCUUGUAUGGAACAAUGUGCAGAAAGGUGUGUAUUCGAUGAACAGUCUGCCACAGAUGGAUCCCUCGUCGACGCUCCAGCUGCCCAAGGUGUUCGAUCCGGAAUAUUUGAAGCACGCUUUUCUGCAUCACGGUGAGGAGAUGCUGCCCGGCCGUCAGAAACUUAUUCACAGCUUCGGCAGCGUAGCUAAAGUGGAACUGGUCAUCACUCCAGAAGCGUCUUUAAAGUACUCCGGUAUAUUCCAGUCGGGUGGAAAUGGUAUCGCUCGUCUUUCAUUGGCCGCUCCGGCGAAUGACCUUCCUGGAUUUGACUAUACUCCAGGCAUGGCUUUGAAAUUCUACCGAGAUGGCCAAGAAUCAGCAAACAUUAUUGCCAUGUUCUCGGUGGACGGCCAAGGCAAGGACUUUAACUUCUUCGCCAAGAAUUUCAGCAAUUUCAUUCCCAACGGAAAGAGCGCCUUCCAGUUGCAACUAGGGCCCAAAUUCGAAGCCGCUAUUCCCCUGUUGGAAGCCGGUCCUAAAGGUUGCGCUAGACCAGAAGACGCCACGAAGCUACCGCAAUACGAGCAAGCAGCUUUCGACAGCCGUGGAGGGGCACCGGCUAUCAAUACCGUGCGCGCACCGUAUACACUGAAGUUCGUGCCGAAUCCUAAAAUGGCCUGGCCUGGCAGCGACCAUACCGAUCUGCGUAAGCAGUUGGCUAAGAUUCCGGAGAACUCUACCCUGUACACGAUUGUGUCGAUUCCUGAGAAGGGUGGCAAUGAAGAGACAUUGGGAUCCAUUGUUACCAAGAGCAAGUUUGUGCCGUCGCAUUAUGCCGAUACGAAGAUGUAUUUCCGCCACCAUUCACAAAGCUGCUUUAUUGCUCCCAGUUCGGCUUAGAUGAGCUGAUUCGUACAUAGCGGUGCAGGGAAAGUUGCAGCUGGUGUUAUCAGCUGCGUUUAGUGCAUACUUGAUACUGCAUACUUAGUGCAUAGAGAACCUUCAUUGCUGGUUUAAGGAAAUAGCCAAAUAGGUAUAGCUGUUUUAGUUUUCUAGGGUUGCGUAUUAUGGUACUAAUUAUCGUGGUUUCCAAGGUUAAUAGCAGAUAGCGGUAUGCUAGAAUUACUGUCGCUGUUUGCUUCUCCAUCUCUUGCAUUAUAAAAUCGCU